AUGGAACCUCCCGCCAAACCGCCGUCAGACUAUCUACUCGACAAACUCAGCUCUGUCUAUCAGCUUGUUGCCACCGCGAAGGACUGGGAAGGAACUGACGAUGAAGAAACGAACAAAAUUAACCUCAUGCGUCACAGUAAAAAACUGCAUAAGUCUGCUCGUUCGGAAGCCUAUAACACUCCCGCCUUUCUUGGAAUCAUACACCAAUGGAUAAACGACCACGCCAGAUCCUACGCGAAGAACCCCGAAGACAUACCGCUCAGCUUAUUCACCCUCACCUCGGAAUACUCCAAGAAACCCCCUCUGCUGCAGAAGCACAGGCCCAAGUUCAAGCUUUCGAAAUCGAAGAAAACGAAGGACAGUCCUGAUGACUCGGAGAAAGUAUCGACAAAGGGAAAGGAACGAGAGGUUAGGAAUGACGUCGACCGCACCGGCGACGAGGGCGAGGAGAGAAGCUUGAAGGUGUCGAAGAAGGGAAAGCAGCGGGUCGCCGAAGACCCCCAAAGUUCGGUCGCAGGUCCAUCGGGCUCCAAGAAGGCUUCAGCUGCACCCGCCAAACCAACCAAGGCCCCCAAGCUGGCCAGACCUGGCAUAUCCCCCACCGAAGCUCCUACACAAACCAAGAAGCCCUCGAACUUGACGAACACACCGACAGCGGGACCUUCACAACAACGCAAGCGCCCUCGUCCCCAACCGGACGACGAAGCACCUCCGCGCCCUGACAAACCUUCCACCAAGAAGCCCAAGCUCGACGACAAGAACACCACGGAAGUACCUUCUGAGGCGCUUCUAGAGGGAGGAAGCCCAACGAAUUCAGGGGACCUUGUAUAUGAGGAACCGGUCAGUGACAAUUCCCAGAACAACCCACCGGAAGGGCCAACCCCUUCGUACGUCAACAACAUUCCGAAAAUACAGCCAGGAAGACCGCCUUCCAACGAUAUCGCCCAGGACGUCCAGAGGCUAAUCGCAUCCCAUAAGCAGUUCGAGACCAAGCUCAACGAGGUGUACGCGAACUACUCCGCCUUAUUGGAAAACAUGCACCAGGCUCGACAAAAAAACCAGGAGCUCGAAGAAAAGCUUCAGUCUGCCCAGCAGCUUGUCUCCAAACUGUCUCGUCUUGAUGACCAUUCCCAGUGGGCGCAUGACGAGAUCAAGAAACUGAAGGCGGAAAUCAGGAGUCUCAAAUCGCGAAAUAUCGUUCAGGAGCCUCCAGUACCCUCACCCUCCGUCCCAGCGCCGUUAAAUCCUCCUCUUACUAACGCUAACUCCAAGGCACAGCACCCACCCCAUCCCAACACGUUAUCGAACGCUCCAUCGUGUUCAGCCACCGCGAACCAGCUCCAUUCCACCCCAAAUUCACACCCGAACGCACACCCAAACCUUUAUGUGCAAAAUCAUUCUCAGGCCAACCCUCUUGACGCGCAGCACCCCGACCAGUCCAGUCCCGCGACAAACCUUCAACCGAGUCCACAACAGUCCAACGUGCCAUCGAAUUCCCAGCUUAACCAAUUCCAUAACCCUCCCAGCUUCCCUCCUGUCAACACUCCCCAUCCACCUUCCAAUAUCAUCGACAUGUUCAAUCACCCAAAUGGGCUGUCGAUGCAAGGUGUCGAUGUUGCGCAUCCCGAUCCGACCUACCCUGCUGUGCCUCAGUACAAUCCUCUCGACGUUCCUGGCAUAGACGAGUUUCUGGCGAUGAAUGCCCACUUGACCCAGCCUAUGAAUCUCACCAUCUCUGCCCACGGACGCCAGACAGUUUCACCAGCGACAGCCCUAUCGAGUUCCUCGUCGCCAGCCAACGAUACGAGUCAUAAUCCAUCAUAA